AUGACGUCCCCCAAAAACAAAGCCAAGAAGAAACAACCCAAAGACAGCAUGACGCUGCUGCCAUGCUUUUAUUUUGUAGAGCUCCCGAUCGUCCUGUCCUCCUUGGUGUCCCUGUACUUCCUGGAACUAACAGAUGUGUUGUCCCCGGCGAUGGUGGGCUUCCGUUGCCACGACCGUGACCUCUCCAUGCCCUACAUGGAGACGGGUGAUGAGCUCAUCCCUCUGCUGAUGCUUCUGAGUUUGGCCUUCGCUGGUCCUGCAGCGUCCAUUAUGAUGGGGGAGGGCCUGACGUACUGCUUGCAGUCUAAACUGAAGACGUGUCCCAAGUCGGAGAGCAGCAUCAACGCUGGAGGCUGCAGCUUCAACUCCUUCCUACGCAGAACCGUGCGCUUCGUCGGUGUUCAUGUGUUCGGUCUCCUGGCAACAGCCCUGGUGACAGAUGUCAUCCAGUUAGCGACUGGUUACCACGCCCCUUUCUUCCUCACCGUCUGCCAGCCCAAUUACACGGCUCCGGGAGUGUCAUGUGACAACAAUGCCUACAUCACACGGGACAUUUGUAUGGGGAAAGACCAAUAUGCCAUCAUGUCAGCAAGGAAAACAUUUCCAUCCCAGCAUGCAACACUCUCUGGCUUCGCUGCUGUCUAUAUCUCCAUGUAUUUCAACGCCAGCAUCAGCAGCACCACCAAGCUGCUGAAGCCGUUGCUGGUGUUUGGUUUCUGCAUGGCGGCGGGCCUCGCCGGGCUGACGCAGAUAACUCAGCACCGCAGUCACGCGAUAGACGUCUACGUGGGAUAUGUCAUAGGAGCCGGCAUCGGAGUCUACCUGGUUGUGUUUGCGGUGGGAAACUUCAAAGCAUCAGACGAAGAUGCUCCCUCUUUACAGAGACUGGCCCCGGCUCAGCAGAAGGACGGCCUUAGGGUGCUGAGCCAGCGGAGCCACGACUCCCUGUACAGGAAGACUCCCAGGGUGUCCGAGAGCAGGGAGGAGCUGGGGGCCGGUCUGGGGUCUGGGGCCCGCAGUAAGGUGAGGAGGGAGAAGGCAUCCCUGGCCUCCCUCAAACGAGCAAGUGCUGAUGUGGAGCUCCUGGCAACCCGGGGUCCCAUGGGCAAGGAAACCAUGGUGACCUUCAGCAACACCUUGCCCCGAGUCGCAAACGGCAACAGUCCCAUUUCCCCCUCGGAUGAGCUGCCUACCACCCAGCGUCACAUGACCUUCCAUGUGCCCUUUGACCCCCAGAGGUCUCGACAGAUGGUGACAGAGUGGAGGCAGCGCUCGCUUGAGCUCCGCAGCCAGAGCUCACGAGAUGAGGAUGAGGGGGUGGACGGGAGGGAUGGAGGAGAUGAAGGAGGAGCAGCAGCGGGUGAUGGAGACCAGGAGAUGCCUUCCUCUCUUUAUCCCACAGUGCAAGCCAACAAGGGCACCGCCACACCGACCGGAGCCAGGAUGGUGGUGGCACCCCCGCUCGUUCACAUCCCCGAGGAGGCCUCUCGGCCGCCGCCUGUAUCCCCAAAGAGCGCCAAGACCCGCGCCAAGUGGCUGUCACUCACCGAGGGAGGAGGAGGGAAAGAGCCAGGACCGGGGCCGAUCGCGGUCUCCACCCCCCGCGUCCCCAACACGCAGCCCAACCAGCCGCCCGGCCAGCAACGAGUCACUCAGGUGAUAGCCAUGUCUAAGCAGCAGGGUCAUGGAGUCACUUCGUCCACUAAGACGUCAGAAGGCGGCUCCUCCUCCGGGGGCGGGUCCAACUGCUCCGAGUCGCCCUAUUACCGGAUCCCGUCCGAUCGGGACAGCUGCACCGGGAGCAACCCGGGGAGCAUCGCCGGCAGCGGGAGCAUCGUCACCAUCGACGCUCACGCCCCCCACCACCCGGUGGUGCGUGUGUCGGCCACCAACGGCAAGCCGUGGGAGUGGAGGAACACCAUCAGCGGUAACAUGAUGGCCGCCGACACUGCGGGGGACAAACACCGGGUAUCGCUGCAGAGACAGGACAAUGUCAGUCACUACCGGGAUUACCGGACGCUGCCCGUGAAAACGGACUCGCUCUGCUCCUCCUCGGCCAGCGGCAGCGCCGAAGGAGGGCCGGAGUUGCCUCCCCCGCCUCUCCCCACCUCCUCCUCCCCUCUGCCUCACCCUCCUCACCUGUUGUCAUCCCCUCUGCCUCCGCCGCCUCCUCACUCGUCCUCUUCCCCCUUGCCUCCCCCACCUCACCCAAGCUCCUCUCCGAUGCUUCCCCCUCUCCCUCACCCUGCCUCCUCUCACAUGCCUCCCCCUCCUCACCUGUCCUCUCAUAUGUCCCCACCACCCCUUCCGCCGUCCUCUCAUAUGCCCCCACCCCCCUCACCCAUCCUCCCUUCAAAUGCCCCCACCUCCACACCCUUCCUCCUGUCAAAUGCCGCCUCCGCCACAUCCAUCCUCUUCCCCUUUGCCACCGCCACCUCACCCCGCAUCCUCCAUGCCUCCGCCUCCUCACCCGUCCUGCUCCGGCAUGCUUCCCCCUCCUCCCCAUCCCGACUUACUGAUGGACGGCCACAGCCAGGCGCUGUCCCGCUCCUCCACCCUGCCCCGUCGGCCCUCUGUCUCCGCCCGCAGCCAUGCUGA